CUCUGGCUGCCCGUGUUUGUGUCUUGUUGCGCGCGAGAGGAUGCUGGUGUGGAGGCUCCUGUUGUCGGCAGCAGGGUAACCAGGGAGGCUGCCUGGCAAGCCCUGGGCAUCCUCUGCAGCGUGGCAAGGAGCAGCAGCAGGAGGAGAAGCCCCAGCAACGGCUGGGAAGGAAGGCUGAGGAGAUUUGGCUGAGGUCUCAUGAAAGACAGCAGUUCUGUAGUGCUGUCUUUUUUUGGAAAACUGAACAUUUCUUGGCUGAAAAAAAACUCAACCCACAAUGACUUACUAAGGCAUGCAGUGCUGCAAGUAAUGAUGUUUUGCAAAAUGAAAUGAUCAGAAUCUGGCAUCUUAAAGUGGAUAUUCUAUAUAGAAAAUUUAUUUUGCUACACACCAAAAAUGGCCUCCUCAAGGCUAGCAGGAAGAACACCUCGGGAUAUUGCUGGUGUCAUGCAGAGACUUCAAGAUGAACAAGAAUCAGUGCAAAAGCGGACUUUCACAAAAUGGAUCAACACUCAUCUGGCCAAGCGCAACCCUCCCAUGGUGGUCAAUGAUCUGUUCGAAGACAUCAAAGAUGGAAUAAUAUUAAUUGCCCUUUUAGAGGUUCUCUCAGGACAAAAACUGCCUUGUGAACAGGGGAGAAAAUUGAAGAGAAUUCAUGGAGUAGCCAAUAUUGGCACAGCCCUUAAGUUCUUAGAAGGACGGCGGUCCGUGUACAGAGGAUCACCGAUCAAGCUUGUCAACAUCAAUUCAACUGAUAUAGCUGAUGGCAGACCUUCUAUUGUACUUGGACUGGUAUGGACUAUAAUACUAUAUUUUCAGAUUGAGGAACUUACAAGCAACCUUCCACAGCUGCAGUCACUUUCUAGUAGUACCUCAUCUGUGGACAGUGUCGUCAGUUCUGAAACUGCCAGUCCACCAUCCAAACGGAAGGUGGUAACCAAAGUUCAAGGAAAUGCAAAGAAGGCUUUGCUAAAAUGGGUGCAGUACACAGCAGCAAAGCAAGCUGGAAUUGAAGUCAAGGAUUUUGGACGAAGCUGGAGAAGUGGUGUUGCAUUUCAUUCAGUUAUUCAUGCUAUCCGUCCAGAACUAGUGGAUUUGGAGAGGGUGAAAACAAGAUCUAACAGGGAAAAUUUGGAAGAAGCUUUUACAAUUGCAGAGUCUGAAUUGGGAAUCCCAAGGCUUCUUGAUCCUGAAGAUGUGGAUGUGGAUAAACCAGAUGAAAAAUCAGUGAUGACCUAUGUAGCACAGUUCCUGAAACACUAUCCAGACCCCCAUAAUGCUGCAAAUGAUGCACAGGAGGCAGAUGAGCCACGUCAAGCAGUUUCUUCUUUUGCUCUUUCUAAACCUAAAUACAAGAAGGAAGACAGACUAAUGCUAAGAGACCUGAAAAUUUGGGUAGAACAAUUUGAACGAGACCUGACGAGGGCGCAAAUGAUAGAGACAAGCUUGCAAGAAAAAUACCAGUCAUUUAAGUAUUACAGAGUACAGUAUGAAGUAAAGAAGAAACAGAUUGAACUUGCAAUCCAGUCUUUAAGGAAGGAUGGCAAAUUGUCACUUGAUCAGGCCUUGGUCAAGCAGGCAUGGGACAGAGUUACUUCCCGGAUAUUUGAAUGGCACCUGCAUCUUGAUAAAUCUCUUCCUGCUCCUCUGGGUACAAUUGGUGCCUGGCUUUAUCGGGCAGAGACUUUUCUGAGAGAAGAAAUCAUCAUCCAGCAAGCUCAUGAGGAAACAGCAAAUAUGAUACACAGAAAACUAGAGCAGCAUAAGGAUGUGCUUAAAAAUGUAGAUGGCUACAGAAAAGCAUUCCAAGAAAUCCACAGAGCUCAAUCUGUCAAUGGAGUCCCUGUUCCAACAGAGCAGUUAGAUGAUAUGGCAGAGAGGUUCAGUUUUGUUGUCUCUACAUCUGAACUCCAUCUGCUGAAAAUGGAAUUCUUAGAGUUGAAGUACCGUUUGCUAUCUCUUUUGGUCCUUGCGGAAUCAAAAUUAAAAUCAUGGAUUAUCAAAUAUGGAAGAAGAGACUCUGUUGAACUACUUCUUCAAAACUAUAUGUCUGUUAUAGAAAAUAACAAAUUUUUCGAGCAGUAUGAAGUUACAUAUCAGAUCCUGAAAAAGGCAGCUGACAUGUAUGCAAAAGCUAACGGCUCUUCGGAAGAAAUAGAGAGUGUUACAAGAUUCAUGAACGAGACAACAACACAGUGGAGGCACUUGUCUGUAGAGGUGAGAAGUGUGAAGAGCAUGUUAGAAGAAGUCAUCUCUAACUGGGACCGAUACAGCAGUACAGUGGCCAGUCUGCAGGCCUGGCUGGAAGAUGCCGAAAAAAUGCUGAAUCAGCCUGAGCAUGCUAAAAAGGAUUUCUUCCGACAUUUACCACAGUGGAUGCAACAGCAUACCGCUAUGAAUGAUGCUGGUAAUUUUCUGAUUGAAACAUGUGAUGAGACUAUUUCCAGAGAUUUAAAACAGCAGCUGCUGUUACUGAAUGGACGAUGGAGAGAACUGUUUAUGCAAGUAAAACAGUAUGCUCAGACUGAUGAAUUAGACAGAAUAAGAAAAGAAUACUUGGAUGGUGUUGCAACCUUGUCUGCUUUCACAGAUGAAGCAAAGAGGAAAAUCUGUAUCCCGUUAGAAGUGUCCUUUCUAAAUGUCAACAUGUUUGUCCAAGAAAUAGAGGAUACUAAACAAAAAAUUCCUGUUAUGGAAUCUCAGUACAAAAUGGUUACAAGAACAGCACAGCUUGCUACCAAAGAAAUUCCACAAGAGGAAGUCCAUGAAAUGCUAGCAACAAUGUCAGGAAUCAAAGGAAAGCUCAGCAAGAUUAAUGAAUCCUGCCCAGUUGUUCUCUAUGAAUCUCAACAGCUACUUCCUCACUUGGAAGAAUUAGAGAAGCAAAUUACAAAUUUUUAUGAAUCUCUUGAAAAAGUCAAUGAAAUUAUUUCUGUCCUAGACCCUGAAGUACAGCCUGCUGAAGUUUUUAAACAACAACAUCAGGAUCUUGUAGCCUAUCAAGAAAAUUGCAAGAAAGCUUUGUCACUAAUAGAGAGAAAUAGCCAGAGCAUUGCAAAAUUGUUGGCUUCAAGUAAAGUUUUACAUCACUUCAGUCUAUCGGUUCUACAGAAGAAGGUCAAAGAAAUUCAAGCUGCUUUUCAGAACAUGGCAAAGAAGAUUGAUGACUGGAAGAAAAAUGUUGAGGCAAAUAGUCGUUUGAUGAAGAAAUUUGAAGAAUCUAGAACAGAAUUAGAAAAUGUUCUUCAGAUGGCCCAUUGCUGUCUAAAGGAAAGGGGCAAUCCUGAAGAACUUCUUCGGAAACAUACUGAAUUUUUCAGUCAUUUGGACCAGAGAGUGCUAAAUGCUUUCCUGAAAGCUUGUGAUGAACUUACAGACAUCCUUCCUGAGCAAGAACAACACACUCUUCAGGAAGCUGUUAGGAAACUACAUAAGCAAUGGAAGGAUCUCCAAACAGAAGCCCCAUACCAUUUGCUUCGCUUAAAGAUAGAAGUGGAGAAGAACAAAUUCCUAGCAUCAGUGCAAGAAUGCCACACAGAACUAGCUCGACAGCAAGACCUGAUGUCCAAGGAGAGCAGUGAGAAAGUAAUUAGGGAACACAAGUUGUUCUUUGGUGAUAAUGGGCCAUUACAACUAUGCGAGAAAAGAUUACAUCUGGUAAAAGAACUAUGCCUGAAACUUCCAGAAUGGGAUCCACUUAAGAAAACCUAUGAAAGUACCCAAAAAUGUCUCAGUGAACUAAAAUCCCAGGUUGCCAGCACCUAUACCAAACUAAUGGACCACCCAGAUAAAUGGAAAGACUACAAGAACAGAUUUUCUGAAUUAGAAAAUUGGAUUUCAUCAACGGAGUCCCAGCUUAAGAAGAUUAAAUAUGGUGCCACAGAUACUGCUAAAUAUAAACAUUUUAAAACAUCAAUAGAGGAAAUCAGACAAGAAGCUUGCAAGCAAGGAGAAACACUCAUCUGGUUGAAGUCUAGGCUUGCUGUCCUUUUUGAUGUCUCUUCUAAGGAAGAAACCAAAAAGCAAGAAGAUGAGCUUUCUAAACUUUCUGAUGACUUUAAGAGGAUCUUAUCAUUACUGACGGAGAUUGAGAAGACAUUGGGUGCUGUUGGUGAUUGUGUCCAGUACACAGAAGAAGUGAAAGGACAUUUGGAAGAAUUGAUCACAAAUUCAAAAGAAGCUCAAGAAGAGGUUGAGAGAAUUUUAGAUGUUGAAAGUUUAUUGCAGGCACAGCAACUCCUUCGAUAUCAUCAGCAAAAGACAAAGAGGCUGCAUGUAAAAAGGCAAGAUGUGGAACAGCAGAUUGCUCGAGGUAAGCAGUUACAGAUGGAAGGUGGCCUGUCUCCCACUGGGCAAGAAGAUUUAUGGAAAUUGGAGAGUACUUUAGAAGAUGUACAGCAAGCUAUGGAUAAAGAAGAAAAUCAGCUGAAGAUUACAGUAAACACAUGGGAGCAGUUCGAAAGAGACAAAGAAACAAUUGUAAAGUAUCUUAGUCAUGCAAGUUCUGCCCUUGAACGCAUUUUAAGCUUUAGCAGUUUAGAGAGUUUGUCUUCAGAACUAGAAAAAACAAAGGAACUUUCUAAGCAGACAGUAGCCAUGGCUAUGGAAGCUGAGAAUCUUGUCAAGAAGUCUUUUGCAAUACAACUUGGUGAGAAGAGCAAGCAAAACCUUCAGCAGGAAGCAAAGUCAAUCCAGGAACAACUUGAAAAAGUGGAAGCUACCAUUGAAGAAGAUAUUAAAACCAUGGAAAAGGUGAAAAACAAGUGGGAUCAGUUUGGCAAAAGUUUUGAAGCUUUGUCCAUCUGGAUUACUGAAAAAGAAAAAGAGCUGGAUACAUUGGAAACAUCAUCAUCUACCUUGGAUGUGCAAAUCAACCAAAUUAAGGUUAUGAUUAAAGAAAUAGAUGCCAAGGACAAUGAAAUUCCAAAACUAGAAGAAGAUGCUCAGUCAUUUUCACAGUAUCUAACAUCUGGAGAAUCAGCACAUAUUAAAGCCAAGCUGACACAGAUCAGAAGGUAUUGGGAAGAACUUCAAGAUCGUGCACAACAUCGGGAGGGAGCAAUCACAGGAAAGGCCUCAGUUCAGCAAAAAUUUGAGAAAAACCUCAGAACGUUCCAGCAAGACCUGUGCAAAUAUGAAGCCAAACUAGCAGAGCUUGACACUUCAUGCUCUUCAUCAGCAGAGACUUACAAGGUUCUGCAAGAUCUUAUGGAUCUCUCUCAAGCUGUAGAAAAAAUGAACCAAACACUGGCAUCUCUGUCCUCUGGUUCUCAUAAGAUCACAAAUAAAGAAAAAGCAAUCCAGGACGUUUUAAUGCUUCAGCAAAGACAUGAAAGUGUUAUGAGGCAAGCUAAGGAUAGACAAGCCUCACUGGAGACUCACCUAACACAAUGGCAGAGACUGGAGAAGGAGCUUUCCACCUUCUUAACCUGGUUAGAGAGAUGUGAAACUUCAGCCAAACCUACAGAGCAACAUGUUUCUGCUGACAGAGUAAAAUUGGAAAGUGAACUUCAAGUUAUCCAAAAUUUACAAGUUGAUGUUGCAUCCCAUGCUUCAUUAUAUGCCAGUCUGUUGAAGUUAAAUGAGUUGCUAAUUAAAACAAAUCCUAAUGAAAGUGUGAAAAAUUUUAAAAAAGACUUGGAGGAACUAGAUCGAAGAUGGAAAAUUCUACCUCAGAUGGUUAGCAAAAGGAUAAGUUUCCUCCAGUCUGUGAUUGGUGAACACAAGCAAUAUGAUGAGCUACUCCAAAAUUUUUCAGACUGGAUUAAACAAUUUCUUGGUAAACUCCAUAGUACAUCUGAGAUAAAUACAUCUGAUCAACAACCUGCUUUAUAUCACAACAAGGACCACAAAAAGGAAGUGGAAGGAAAGUACAAAGAACUGCAGAGUCUGAAGAGUCAUGUUGAAAAACUGUGCUCUUUCAGUCGGACAGAAGAUCACAGUAUGUUUCAGAAUAAGGCUGAAGACUGUGUCCAGCUCUACCAAGAGGCCAGUCAAGUAAUUAUCCGUCGGCAAGAUGUUCUUCCCCAUCUCAAGGCCUUUGUAGAACUUCAUUCUGCUGCAUUGCAUAUGCUUCAGCACUUGAGACAGACAGUAGAAACCACUGGAAACAUUAACAAAUCUAAAUCUGAAGUGCUAGAGAAGGAGUUGAGUGAUGCUAUUCAAGCUGUCAGCAAACUAGAAACUACAGCAGGCAGUUUGGAUGCAUCUCUUACUAAAGCCCAGUAUCAUCUGAAACAUGGAAGCUCUGAGCAAAGGACUUCCUGCAGGAAUAUUGCUGACAGUGUUUGUAUAGAACUGGAGUCAAUCCAGUCUUUGCUGGGAACUAAACAGAGUGAAGCAGAAGCCCUUGGAGCUCUGCAUGCAUCUGUCAAGGAGCGGAAAGAACACCUCUUAAAAAACAUUGAAGACCUUGAAGAAAGGGCUGACAAGGAAGGACUGAAAGAACCAACCCUUCAGGAGGUUCAGCAAAGAUUAAGAAUUUUUAAUCAAUUGGAUGAUGAACUAAAUUCACAUCAGCAUGAACUGAAAUGGUUGAUGAGCAAAGCAAAACAAAUUGCUCAGAAAGAUAUAAGCCUUGCUCCAGCAAUUGACAAAGAGAUUAAUUAUUUGGAAGCUGCUUGGGAAGAUACUAAGAAGCUAAUCCAGGAAAGACAGGAGCAGUGUUUUGUCCUUACUGACCUGAUGAGAAACUAUCAGAGCUUAAAAUCCACAGUAACAAAAGUCAUAGAGGUUGCCAGUAAUGUAGCAGUAACCAAGGCCACAGUAAAGGACCAAGAAGAUGUUAAAUGGGCUUUAUCAAAGCAUGAAGCAACCAGGAAUGAGCUAAAUGACAGACAGACAGAGCUUGAUGCUUUUAGUAGCAAGGGAAAACACUUGCUAGCAGAGCUGAAGAAGAUUCCAAAUUGUGACCCCUUGCUGAUUAAAACAGAUAUGGACAGUACUGUGGACAAAUGGCUAGAUGUUUCAGACAAGCUUGAGGACAGCAUAGAGAAGCUGAGAGUUAGCGUAUCACUGUGGGAGGAUGUGCUGACUGUUGGGAAUGAUAUUGACGGGUGGUGCAGUAAUUCCACCUCUCAGCUGAAUGACAUUGUAAACAACUUGACCACCUGCCAGAGAAAUGAGACAUUCCUAGAAGACUUUCAGUCUCAAAUUAAGCAGAAAGAGCAGGAUUUAGAGCAAAUCAGUUCAAAAAUAUCUGAGCUUAAACAGUUGGUUAAUACAGAAAACCUUCCUAUGAACCUUCAGUUUUUAGAAGUGGAUUUAAGGAAAAAAAUAGUGCAUGCCAAAGAAAUGUGUGAGACAGCAAAAGAAACAAUAAAAGAUUACAAUUCUCAGACAUGGCAGUUACAUAACUUUGUAACACAAAUGGAAAACUGGCUUACCAACAUGGAAGAAUCACUUUUAAGCUGCACUCAUAGCCAGGAUCCAUCAGGUCUAAGUACAGUCAAGGGGAUACAAAAGGAGCUUCAGCAACAGCAGGGCAAUUUUGAUUCUGCUCAGGAAACACUUAACAGCCUCUGUCGCAAAUAUCCAUCUGUGGAGCUGGAGACCAUUGGGGGCACUGUCACCUCACUGAUGAAGAAGUAUGAAGCCGUGAAUCAGUUAAAUUUGAAAACACAAGCUUCGAUGCAGGAGUUUCUGGAAAAACACUUCCAACAAUCUAUGCAUGGAUUUCAGGACUGGUAUUCUAAUCUGAAGACUGCUGUAAAAGGCUUAACUAUUACCUCUGGAGACAAUAAAGCCACAGAAGCAAAAUUCCAUGAACUUCAGAAAGUGUUAGAAUCUGUUAAUGAAGGAAAGAGCAAAUUGGAGGCUGCGUCCCAGGAAGGGGAACAUCUGUGUACAUAUCUACCCAAAUCAUCUGUGAUUAGCAUCCAAGAACAGAUAGCUAAAGCUCAUCAGGACUUUGAAGGGCUUCUGAAACAAUGCUUGAAAGAUAAGCAAGUUCUGGAAGAAUGUGUUGCAGAACUGGAAAGCUUUGAGGAUCUAUGUAAGAACCGAAGCCUGUGGCUUCAUGAAAUGGAGGAAAGGAUAAACACAGAAGCAUUGGGCGAGAGCAAACAACUCAUUCCUGACAAGAAAACUGAGGUGAAGAAGGUGGAAGCAUUUUUGCAUGAGAUUUUGACUGCAAGAGAAACCUUCGAUAAACUGACACAAAAGUCUCAGGUUUUAAAUGAGAAAGGGUAUAGUGCUGGGAGAGAAAUCCGUCUGGCUUCUCAGAUUUUUUCUGCUUAUCAGAAUCUGAUUAAAGCAGUAAAGGAGAAGCUGAAAGCCUCACAGGCAGCCCUCCAGGAGCACCAAGCUUUGGAAGAAGCUGUGCAAAGUAUGUGGAGCUGGCUGAAGGAUGUGCAAGAAAAGUUGGCAUCUGCAGAGGGCACCACCGGGAGCAAAGCUAUCUUAGAGAAACACCUCUUGCAAAUUCAGGAGAUCCUUUUAAUGAAAGGUGAGGGAGAGGUUAAGUUAAACAUGGCUAUUGGCAAAGGUGAACAAGCCAUUAAAAGCAGCAAUGAAGAGGGUCAGAAGGAAAUACAGAAUCAACUGAAAGCAUUAAAAGAUCUUUGGGGUAGCAUUAUCAGCACAUCAGUGACCUGUCAAAGUUUGUUGGAGUCUGUGGUUAAUCAAUGGAAUGACUAUCUGGAGAGGAAAAAUCAGUUUGACCAGUGGUUGGAGUCAGUAGACCAUAAAGUGGAACAGCCUUUGGACCCCCAGAAUGGCUUGAAAGAGAAGUUUUCCCAGCUGGACUAUUUCCAAGCUAUAGUUUCAGAAAUGGAAGAUCAUUCUAAGGAUCUGCAUCAGCUUAUAGGCAAGGCAAGAGAACUCCAUGAGAAAACUGAGGAUGAUUCUUUCAGAGAAGAUGCUCAAGAGGAGCUGAAGACACAAUUCAGUGAUAUUACAACUGUGGCCAAGGAAAAAAUGAGGAAAAUAGAAGAUAUUGUCAAGGACCAUUUACUAUACCUUGAUUCAGUACAUGAAUUUACAGACUGGCUACAUUCAGCAAAAGAGGAGCUUCACCGCUGGUCAGACACAUCUGGAGAUGCAGCAGCUUUAAGGAAAAAACUGGCCAAAAUCAAUGAGCUGAUAGAUUCCAGACAGACUGGUGAGAGCCGCCUAAACAGAGUUCAAAUGCUCUCUUCUGCUGUGAAACAGAACACAGCUACUCAGGGCUGCAAAGACAUAGAGGCUGAAAUGCAGGCCCUUCAGUCUGACUGGAAGCAGUGGGAAGGCAGCUUAUUCCAAACACAGAAGGACUUGCAGGAGCUGCAGAAUCAGAUGGCCUUGUCGGAGCAGGAGUUUACCAGGCAGGCUGCUCAUCUGGAAGAGGCCCUGCAGCACUUCAGCAUGCUGCUUAGCACCUGGUCGAAAAGCCUGACCCCUCUGGAGAGUAAGCACACAGACAAAGAAAUUGUGGAAUUCUGGCACCAAGAAAAGGAAAUGUUGGAUGAACUAACAAAGGCAGAACAUAUGAAUGAUGAUGUUAAGACCCAGUUAAAUGACCUUUGUCGAUUUUCCAAAGAUUUGAAUAUCUAUUCUGCAAAGGUAUCACAGUUAAUUAAAGAAUAUAACAGUCUUUGUCUUCAAGCUUCGAAAGGUUGCCUAAGUAAAGAGCAGGUCUUACAACAGAGAUUCAGAACAGCCUUCAGAGACUUUCAGCAGUGGCUAGUCAGUUCAAAAAUCACUACUGCCAAGUGUUUUGAUGCACCUCAAACUGUCAGUGAAGCUGCAGCAAACAUACAGAAAAUACAGGAAUUCUUAUCUGAAACUGAAAGUGGCCAGCAUAAAUUAAACUUGGUGGUGUCCAAAGGAGAACUAUUAACAUCUGUUUUGCCUAAAGAAAAAGCUAAAUCCAUCCAAACUAAAGUUGUCUCCGCUAAAGAGGAAUGGAAAAAAUUUAUCUCCAUGCUGCAUCAGAAGGAAACCACCUUGGAGAACUUAAAGGUUCAGAUGAAAGACUUUGAAACUAGUGCAGAUCCUCUUCAAGAGUGGUUAAAUGAAACCCAAAAGACAGUGCAAGAAAGCAGUAAUCGUCUUCAUGACCUCCCAGCUAAAAAGAGAGAACAACAAAAGCUACAGUCUGUCCUUGAGGAAGUAAGGUGUCAUGAAUCUCAGCUCAACAAGCUGAAAGAGAAAGCUCAGCAGCUUUGGGAAGAACAAGCUGCCAGCAAAAACUUCAUGCACAGAGUAUCUCAGCUAUCUUCUCAAUAUCUUGCUCUGAGCAAUGUAACAAAGGAAAAGGUCUCCAGAAUGGACAGAAUUGUAGCCGAGCACCAACAGUUCUCUCAUGAUCUGAAAGAGCUUCAGGACUGGAUGGCAGAUGCAAUUCAGAUGCUAGAAUCCUAUUGCCAUCCCACUGCUGAUAAAAAUGCCCUUGAUAGUAGAAUGGCAAAGCUUGAGGGACUGCUUUCAGUAAAACAAGAAAAAGAAAUCCAGUUGAAAAUGGUGCUGACAAGAGGAGAAUCUGUUUUGCAAAAUACAUCACUAGAAGGAGUGCCUAUAAUAGAACAACAAUUAAGAACUCUUAAGGACUCCUGGGCUUCCCUUUUGUCUGCUUGUAUUCAUUGUAAAAGCCACCUGGAAGGAGCACUCUCCAAAUGGACAAGUUAUCAGGAUGAUGUUCGACAGUUUACUAGCUGGAUGGACAAAGUGGAAGCAAUUAUAAAUGCUUCAGAAAGGCAAUGUGCUGAACUGAGGGAGAAAACAUCUUCACUUAGUAAAUCUAAGUUACUUAAGGAAGAAGUGUUUAGUCACAGUAAGCUGCUGGAGACUAUUGAAGUUAAAGGCAUGGGCAUGACUGAACAUUAUGUAACUCAACUGGAACUUCAGGACAUUCGAGAGAGAUACCAGUUCCUCAAAGACAGGAUAAUGGAGGCAAUAACUAAAGCUGAGGAAAUGGUUCAUCUCCAUAAUGAAUAUCAAAGGAACCUGAAGACCUUUGAAAUAUGGUUAGAAAAAGAACAGGAUAAACUCAACUGUUUAUCUCAUCUUGAAGGUGAUAUCGCGAGACAUGAAGCAACACUCCAUGAUCUCCAGGAAUUACAAGUGGAAUGUGCUGAAGGACAGGCAUUGCUUAAUGCAGCACUUCAUGUUAGGGAGCAAGUAGUCCCAUGGGGUAUACCCCAGUUGGAAGAUAGAAUACUAGAGUCUGUUCGUCAAGACUGGACAGUCUAUCAGCGCAAGCUUGCUGAGGUCAGAAGACAAUUAAAUACUAUCUUAAGCAAAGUAAGGCUCAUGGAGAAUAAAUAUCUGAAGGUGGAUGAAUGGCUCAAAAGUCUGGAGGAGAAAGUUAACAUCAGGACUGGCCGGCAAUCUGACAGAGCCACAAAGGAGAUGCAGCUGCAACAAAUGAAGAAAUGGCAUGAGGAAAUAACAGUAUAUAAAGAUGAAGUUGAAGAAGUAGGACUGUUGGCCCAGCAAAUUCUGGAGGAGAGUAAUACUUCUAGUAGGACAGGAAGACAAGCUGCCCACCUUGCAUCUCGAUACCAAGCCCUUAUUCUUCAUGUACUGGAACAAAUAAAAUUCUUUGAAGAAGAAAUUCGUACCAUUGAAGAAUCUGAACUUGCUUUCAUUACUUACAAAGACUGGUUUGGAACUACGCACAGAAAAUUCAGAAAUGUUGUCACAAAGUCUGAUGUGGUAGAUAAAGCAGCCAUGGAGAAGAAAAUGCAGAAACUUGAGGAUCUCAUGAGUGACAUGGAUGUUGGUCAUAAUUUGCUGAAAUCUGCUCGUGGGAAAGGAGAGAAAGCUAUAAAAUACAUGGAGGAAAAUGAAGCUGAACAGUUAAAAAGAGAGAUCAGUGAUUGUGUGGAGCAGCUUAAUGAGAUGACUUGCUCUAUUAGAAAAGAGCACACAACCUUAGAGAAGUGUCUCCACUUAACAAAGGAAUUUUUGGAUAAGUACAAAAUACAGACUCAGUGGCUGUCAGAGUACCAGAGUAUACUGCACACAACUGUAGAUCCCAAAAUGGAGUUGUUUGAGAAAAAGGCACAGUUAACCAAAUACAAGUCAGUCCAACAGACUGUACUGUCACAUGAACCUUCCAUAAAAACUGUGUCUGAAAAAGGAGAGUGCCUCCUUGAACUAGUGCAUGAUGCUAAUUUAGCAGAAAGCAUUCAAAAGCUUCAGACUGAAUACCAGGAGCUUUGCACCACAGCAAAGACACAAGUUGUAAGCUUGGAGGUAAAAGUAAAACAGCAUGAAGAAUAUAACAGUGAUUUACAAGAAGUGGAAAAGUGGUUGUUACAGAUGUCCAGCAGGCUUGUUACUCCAGACCUUAUGGAGAACAGUAAUCUAGAAAUUAUAACACAACAUUUAGCAAGUCACAAGGCAACGAUGGAAGAAAUUGCUGGAUUUGAAGAUCGCCUAAACAGCCUUAAAAACAAGGGAGAUUAUUUGAUUAAUGAGUGUGCAGAGCAUCUACAAGCAAAAUUUAAGCAAAAUAUAGAAACCCAGCUCCAGGGAACAAGGGAUAGCUAUUCAGCAAUAUGCAGCACAGCCCAAAGAAUGUACCAGAGUUUGGAGAAUGAACUCCAGAAACAUGUUAACCAUCAAGAUACUCUUCAGCAAUGUCAAGUUUGGCUGUCUGCAGUUCGUCCAGAGUUAAAGCCAAUUCCUCGUCCACCAUUCAGCUUGGCAGAUGCUGUUAAACAGGUUAAGCAUUUCAGAGCCCUGCAGGAACAAGCAAGCACCUAUUUGGAUCUUUUAUGUUCCAUGUGUGAUUUGUCUGACAGCACAGUGAAAAGUAUAGCAACAGACAUUCAACUAACAAAGCAAACGAUUGAAGAUCGAAUAAUGAACUCUCAGUACCUUGCUCAGGGCUGGGAAGAAAUAAAGCAAAUGAAAGCAGAAUUGUGGAUAUAUUUCCAGGAUGCCGAUCAACAACUGCAGAAUAUGAAGAGACGAGGGGCAGAACUAGAACUAAAUAUUGCUCAGAAUAUGGUUUUGCAGGUGAAGGAGUUUAGUCAGAAGCUGCAGUCUAAGCAGGCCACUUUAACCGCUUUAACUGAAAAGGUGAGCAAACUAACCCAAGGACAAGAGUCACCUGAGCACAAGGAAGUUGGACACCUGAGCAGUCAUUGGUUAGAUCUUUGUCUUCAAACUAGCAAUGUACUCCUACAUAGAGAGGAGGAUCUUCAGAGGACAAAGGAUUAUCACGAUCGCUUAAAUGUAGUAGAAGUCUUUUUGGAAAAGUUUACACAGGAAUGGGACCACUUGGCAAGGUCAGAUGCUGAAAGUACAGCUACACAUCUUGAAGCUUUGAGAAAGUUAGCAUUGGCUCUGCAGGAGAGACGAUUUGCUCUUGAAGACUUAAAAGAACAGAAACAGAAAGUGAUAGAACAUUUAAAUCUGGAUGACAGAGAUCUGGUAAAAGAGCAGUCAGGGCAUUUUGAACAGCGCUGGAUCCAGCUGGAGGACCUUAUUAAAAGGAAAAUACAACUAUCUGUCACCACUUUAGAAGAGUUGAGCAUAGUGCAGUCCAAAAUUCAGGAACUUAUGGAAUGGGCAGAAGAGCAGCAACCUAGCAUCUCUGAAGCUCUGAAACACAGCCCACCUCCUGAGCUGGCUCAGAACUUUCUCAUGGAUCAUCUAACCAUUUGCAGUGAAGUGGAAGCCAAACAGCUUGUUUUGAAAGGGCUCAUAAAGGAUGUAGAUAGAGUGAUGACUAAUUUAGGACUCAAUGAAAGAGAGAUGCUUCAGAAAUGUCUAUUGGAGGCCCAGAACCAUGUGGAUUGCCUUAGUGAACUGGUUGGGCAGAGAAGGAAACACUUGAAUAAGGCAUUAUCUGAAAGGACUCAGUUCAUCCUGGCAGCUUUUCAAGCCAUGAAUCAAAUUCAGCAACAUGAGAGAAAAAUAAUGUUCCAUGAACAUAUCUGUUUGUUACCAGAAGAUGUGAGCAAACAGAUCAGGACUUGUAAGGCUGCACAUGCAAGCCUGAAGGCCUAUCAGAGUGAAAUCUCUGGACUAUGGUCUCAAGGCCGGGAUCUAAUGAAGGACACAACAGAACAAGAGAAGAGUGAGGUGUUGAAUAAACUGCAAGAGCUACAGAACACAUAUGAUGCUAUUGUAGAAAAAUGUAGCCAGCGAUUAAUAGAACUGGAGAAACAUAUGGUUUCUAGGAAAUACUUCAAGGAAGAUUUGGAUAAAGCAUGUCACUGGGUGAAGCAAUCUGAUAUUGUCUCAUUUCCAGAAAUCAAUUUAAUGAAUAGCAAUUCUGAACUUUAUUCCCAGCUAGCAAAGUAUAAUCAGAUACUUGAGCAAUUCCCUGAAUAUGAAAAUCUUCUGCUGACGUUGCAAAAAGUUGGCCAGGAGAUUUUACCAUCACUUAACGAAAUGGACCAUUCCUAUCUUGAAGAAAAACUUAAUGCCUUGCCUCAACAAUUCAGUGUAAUAAUUGCUUUAGCUAAAGAUAAAUUCUGCAAAGUCCAAGAAGCAAUUUUGGCCCGUAAAGAAUAUGCAUCCUUAAUUGAAUUGACAACAAAGGCACUGUCUGAACUGGAAGAUCAGCUUAUGAGCAUGCAUAAGACUCCUUCUACUCUAUUAGCUGAAGAAGUUGUUUCACUUCAACAGGAUUACAGAAAUGUUUUAACUGAAGUUGUAAACCUUGGUGCUGCAGUAGAUGAAUUAAACCAGAAGAAGGAAGCAUUUCGGAGCACUGGGCAACCAUGGCUACCAGAAGAGAUGCUGCAGCUAACUACUCUGUAUCACAAACUAAAAAGGCAAAUAGAACAGAAGGUGAACCAGUUAGAUGAUAUGAUGGAAGCCUAUCAGGAACAUGAGAAAAUGUGUGAGCAGCUGGAGAUACAGCUAAAUUCUGUAAAAGAGGAACAAGCAAAAUUGAAUGAAGAAACACUGCCAGCAGAGGAAAAGUUGAAAAUGUAUCAUUCUUUGACUGGCAGCCUGCAAGAUACCGGAAUCCUUUUGAAACGCAUUGCAGAACAUCUUGAGAUGCUUUCUUCCCAGCUUGACCCAUCUGUUCAUGAAGGAGCAAAUAAUCAGGUGCGAACCUGGCAAGAGAUGCUAAAAAACAUUACAACUGCCAUUGGUGAUACUGUGAUGGAAUGUGAAAACAGGCUGGUGCAAAGCAUAGAUUUCCAAACAGAAAUCUGCCGUUCACUUGAGUGGCUGAGGCACAUCAAGGCAGAAUUAAAUGACCCCUUGAACAUAGAUUUAAAACUGAAUGUUAUUCAAGAAGAGAUCCGCAAAGUUCAGAUCCAACAAGAAGAAGUCCAGUCCAGCCUGAGGAUAAUGAGAGCACUAAGUAAUAAAGAAAAGGAGAAGUACAUCAGAGCCAAAGAGCUGAUACCUGCUGACUUGGAAAACAGUCUUGCUGAGCUAUCUGAACUUGAUGCAGAAGUCCAAGAAGCAGUACACAUGAGGCAGGAGAAAUUGUCCAAAUUGUAUAGUCUGUGCCAAAGAUAUUACCAUGUUACUCAGACUGCUAGCGACUGGCUUGAAGAUGCCCAGGAAUUACUACAAUUAGUACGAAAUGGCCUUGACAUGGAAAACUCUGAGGAAAAUCUAAGGAACCAUAUAGAAUUCUUUAGUACUAAAAAACAAUUCAAGGUCCAUUUGCAAGAACUAUGGAAACUUGUCUUUGACAUGGAACCAUUUCUACAAGCCAUAGGAAAAGAAGAGUUGACCAAGAAAAUUGAGGCUUUAGAGGAAAAGGAAAGGGAAACAGAACAAGAAGCACAAUCCCAGAAGGAGUUAUUACAAAGAUGUGCUUCCCAGUGGCAAGAAUACCAGGUAGCAAGGCAGCAUGUUAUUGACUUGAUGAAUGAGUCUGAGAAGAAAUUAUCUGAAUUUUCUGUAGCAAAAGCUACUUCCAUACUUGAAGCAGAAGAAAAAUUAAUCUCACACAAGUCACUAGUGUCUACAGUGAACUCUUUUCAUGAGAAAAUUACUUCAUUGGAGGAAAAAGCAUGCCACUUGGAGAAAAUGGGGAAUGAUGCUAGCAAGGCAACAAUAAGUAGGUCCAUGACAACUGUCUGGCAGCGCUGGACAAGGCUCCGAAGUGUUUCCCAAGAGCAAGAAAGGAUUUUGGAUGAAUCAAUGCAGAAAUGGAAUGAAUUUAAUGAUAAGAUCCAAAAAGCAACAGACACGCUUGAUCAUCUGCAAGAUCGAUUACCAGAGAGCUCAGUAGAAAAGGCUUCAAAGAAUGAACUGCUGGAUCUUUUAGAUUAUCACAGUAAUUUCAUUCUGGAACUGGAACAGCAAUUAUCAUCUCUGGGACUGCUCAAGCAGCAUGCUUUUAGCAUGCUCCGGGAUACAGAAGUAGCUCCUGCAUCUCAAGAACAAAUGCCCAUCAUGCAGGAAAUCAAAGCAAUGCAAGACAGAUGCCAUAACAUGCAACAAAAAGUUAAAAGAAGUGAGAAAGUCAUUAAAAAAGAAUUGAAGGAGCGUGAAGAAGUUGAAAGAGAGAUUAAUAAAGUCAAGUCUUGGAUUCAGGAAGCUAAAGAAUAUUUAUUGAAUCCUGCAACAGAAGUAAAUACUCAACUUGAGGAAUUGCAGGCCCUCGUGAUUGAAGCAACUAUUCAUCGUCAGGCUGUUGAAAAAAUGGCUGAACAGCAGCAGAAUAAAUAUUUGGGACUAUAUACCAUUUUACCAUCUGAGCUUUCUCUUCAAUUAGCAGAAGUGGGACUGGCACUUGUAAAUAUACAUGAACAGGUUCAAGCCAAAGAAAAAGAAGCUCAACUGAGCAAGACAUUAAAUCAAGAAUUUGGUCAGAAGAUUCAAGAGAUAGCCAAUGAGCUCAAUUCCAUUCUAGUGAAACUGAAAGAAAAGACAAGCAAUAUAACGCAAGCUAAAAUAGAUCAAAGGGUCCUGGGUGAGGAAUUGGACAGCUGUAACAUCAAGCUAAUGGAACUAGAUGCAGCUGUCCAGGACUUUGCAGAGCAGAAUCCUCAGCUGUCUAAACAGCUCACUAGCAAGAUAGGCAAGCUGACAGAACUUCACCAGCAAACUAUUAGGCAGGCUGAGUACAGGGCAUCCAAACUGAAUCAGGCCAUUUCACAUUUAGAAGAAUAUAACGAGAUGCUUGAAUUCAUACUGAAAUGGAUUGAAAAAGCCACUAUUUUAAUACAUGGUAACAUCAUAUGGAAUUCUGCUGCUCAGCUUCGUGAUCAAAUUAUGUCUCAUCAGACAAUGCUUGAAGAAUCUGGUGAGAUCCAUGGAGAUCUUGAAGCCAUGAAUGAAAAGACGGAAUAUCUGGCAAGUGUCUAUUUAACUGAAGGGAUGUCUCAGCAAGUAUCAGAGCUUGGGCGACAGACUGAGGAGUUACAGCAAGAGAUCACAAAGAGGCUACAGAAUAUUCAGGACGCAGCCAAGGAUAUGAAGAAAUUUGAAACGGAGGUAAAGGGUCUUCAAGCAGCUUUAGAGAAAGCCCAGGCCACUCUAACAUCUUCAGAAGUUGGUCGUUUGAGUCUGAAAGAACAACUUUCUCACCGACAGCAUCUGCUUUCUGAAAUGGAGUCACUGAAGCCAAAGGUUCAUGCAGUGCAUGUCUGUCAGAGUGCUUUACGAAUUCCUGAAGAAGUGGUCACAAGCCUACCAAUAUGUCACACUGCCCUCAGGCUGCAGGAGGAUGCCAGUCAUCUACAGCACACAGCUAUCCAGCAGUACAACAUAAUGCAGGAAGCAGUAGUACAGUAUGAGCAAUAUGAACAAGAAAUGAAACAUUUACAACAACUGAUAGAGAGAGCACAUCGUGAGAUCCAGGACAAGCCUAUAUCAACAAGUAAUAUCCAAGAAUUGCAAGCCCAAAUUUCACGCCAUGAGGAACUGGCACAGAAGAUCAAAGGUUACCAGGAGCAAAUAGCAUCACUGAAUUCCAAGUGCAAGAUGCUAACAAUGAAAGCCAAGCAUGCCACUAUGCUGCUGACAGUGACAGAAGUGGAAGGACUUUCAGAAGGAAUGGAGGAGCUGGAUUCAGAAGAACUGCUCUCAGCACACACAACUCACCCCUCCGUUGUCAUGAUGACUGCUGGUCGCUGUCACACUCUUCUGUCACCUGUUACUGAGGAAUCUGGGGAAGAGGGAACCAACAGUGAGAUUUCUUCUCCACCUGCCUGUCGUUCUCCUUCACCUGUGGCUAAUACAGAUGCUUCAGUUAACCAGGACAUUGCUUAUUAUCAAGCCUUAUCUGCUGAACAGUUGCAGACAGAAGCUUCCAAGAUUCAGCCCAGCACCUCGUCCACUCAGGAGUCCUGUGAACCAGGAUUAGAAUCAACCACCAGUACUAGAUUGGAUGAUUUGCAGCGUUCUUGGGAAACACUAAAGAAUGUGAUUAGUGAAAAGCAGCGCACCCUCUAUGAAGCCCUUGAACGUCAGCAGAAGUACCAAGACUCUCUCCAGUCUAUAUCAACAAAAAUGGAAGCAAUUGAGGUGAAAUUAAAUGAGACUCUGGGAGCAGACAAGAGUCCAGAGAGUCAGAUGGCUGAACAUCAGGCUUUGAUGGAUGAAAUUCUGAUGCUUCAGGAUGAAAUCAGUGAGUUACAAACAUCAUUAGCAGAAGAACUGGUGACUGAACCACUGGAUACAGAUGCUGCUGAUCAACUGGCUUUGCAGUCUACCCUCACUGUGUUAGCAGAGAGGAUGGCCACCAUUAAGAUGAAAGCUUCAGGAAAACGGCAGCUGUUAGAGGAGAAACUCAAUGAGCAGCUAGAAGAACAACGGCAAGAACAGGCUCUGCAAAGAUACCGUUCUGAAGCAGAUGAACUGGACCACUGGCUCUUGAAUACAAAAGCCACACUAGAUACCACCUUGGUUACUGCUGAAGAACCUAUGGAUAUGGAUGCUCAGCUGGUUGAUUGCCAGAACAUGCUUGUGGAAAUUGAACAGAAGGUGGUAGCUUUGUCUGAGCUGUCAGUGCAUAAUGAAAACCUUCUCAUGGAAGGAAAAGCUCAUACCAAGGAUGAGGCUGAGCAGCUGGCAGUAAAGCUAAGGACACUAAAGGGAAGCCUUUUGGAGCUGCAGAGAGUCCUCCAUGACAAGCAGAUCAACAUCCAACAGGGAGUUUUACAGGAAAAGGAGGAGUGUGAAUUGGAUCUGGUCACCUCUCAAAGUCCUAGUGUGCAAGAAUGGCUGGCACAAGCACGGACAACCCGUUCACAGCAACAACAGAGCAGCCUACAGAGACAGAAAGAACUAGAGAAAGAGCUAGCAGAGCAAAAGAAUCUACUUCGCUCCGUGGCAAGUCGUGGAGAAGAAAUUCUAACCCAGCACUCCAUUCCAGAUAACCUUGGUCCUAGGGAGCCAGAUGUAUUAACACAGGAGUUGGGUUUAGAAGGAGAGAAGCCUUCCAUUGAAAAUCAAAUGAAAAUGAAGUGGGAAAGCCUUCAUCAGGAAUUUGGCAUUAAGCACAAACUUCUGCAAAAUGCUCUGGAACAAGAACAGGAGCAGCCACUCUACAGUAGACCAAACAAGCUUAUGUCUGGUGUGCCAUUGUACAAACAAGAAGGACAGACUCAAGAUAAACCAUCAGUAACCUCCUUGUUGGUUGGUUUGAAUGAGGCUUUUGAAGAAGUUUCUUCCCAGCCUGGAGGUUCAGAAAAGGAGAGCCUACUCUUUGAGCAAAAAUUGUACAGUGGUGUAUCAUCUACCUCUUCCUGGCUAGAUGGUGUUGAAGAGCACUUGUUUGUUGCCACAGCUCUGCUACCUGAAGUAACAGAAACUUGCCUCUAUAAUCAGGAAGUUCUUGCAAAAGAUAUUAAAGAGAUGACAGAAAAAAUGGAUAAGAACAAGGAUUUGUUUUCCCGUGUGUUUCCUGAGACUGCGAAUAACAGAGAUGUUAUAAAGGACACCUUGGAUUGUUUACUAAGAAGACUAAGAUUACUGGAGACACUAGUAAGCCAAAAGUGUCUAGACAUGAAAGAGAGACUUCAGCACAUACUAAGUUUUCAGAAUGACCUGAAAAUGAUGUUUGCAACGUUGGCUGAUAACAAGUAUAUUGCCCUGCAGAAACUAGCUGAAGCAGUUGAAUGUCCUGAAACAGAACAGAUACAGGCUAUUCAACAAGCAGAAGAUGGAUUGAAAGAAUUAGAUGCACGAAUCUGUGAAUUAAAGAAACGUGGAGAUAAAUUGCAGAUUGACCAGUCAUCCAUGCAAGAGUUAUCUAAACUUCAGGACAUGUAUGAUGAGCUUAUAAUGAUCAUAGGAACACGGCGCAGUGGACUGAACCAAAAUCUGGCACUUAAGGGUCAAUAUGAACAGGCGCUGCAGGAUCUGGCUGACCUGAUUGAAACUGGCAAAGAAAAGAUGACAGCUGACCAGAAAAUGAUUGUCUCAUCCAAAGAGGAAGUUCAAGUGCUUCUUGACAAGCAUAAGGAAUAUUUUCAAGGACUGGAGUCACACAUGAUCCUAACAGAAACACUUUUCAUGAAGAGAAGCAGCUUUGCGUUUGUAAAGGAAACUCAGUUCCAUGUAGAGUUGAUGGCACAGGCCUCUGCUGUGCUAAAACAGGCUCAUAAGAGGGGAGUGGAGCUGGAAUAUAUUCUAGAGACUUGGACACAUCUGGAAGAGGAUUAUCAGGAGCUCAUAAGGCAGCUGGAAAGUAUUGAAACUAGCAUUCCUGGUGUUGGUUUGGUAGAGGAGUCUGAGGAGAGGCUUGCAGAUCGCAUUACACUGUAUCAGCAUCUUAAAACUAGCCUGACUGAAUAUCAGCCCAAACUUUACCAAGUAUUGGAUGAUGGGAAAAGAUUACUGUUCUCUGUUACCUGUUCAGAACUGGAAGCUCAACUAAACCAGCUAGGAGAACAUUGGUUAAAUAAUACUAGUAAGGUCACCAAGGAGCUGCAUAGGCUGGAAACCAUACUUAAACACUGGACAAGAUAUCAAAGUGAAUCUACUGAGCUUAUUCAUUGGCUCCAAUCAGCAAUGGAGCGUCUGGAGUUUUGGACCCAGCAAUCUGUUACAGUACCCCAAGAACUUGAAAUGGUUCGAGAUCACUUGAAUGCCUUUUUGGAAUUUUCAAAAGAGAUUGAAGCCAAAUCAUCACAGAAGUCCACUGUUUUGAGCACUGGAAAUCAACUUCUUCGGCUAAAGAAAGUGGAUAUUGCAUCUUUGCGAGCAGGCUUGUCACAGAUUGACAAUCAGUGGACAGAGUUGCUCACACAGGUUCCUGUAGUGCAAGAAAAACUGCACCAGCUUCAAAUGGACAAGCUUCCUUCUCGACAUGCCAUCACAGAAGUCAUGAGUUGGAUUUUACUGAUGGAAAACAUAAUUGCUGAGGAUGAAGAAAACAUAAAAAAUGUAGUAGGACACAAAGCUAUUCAGGAUUAUCUUCAGAAAUAUAAGGGCUUUAAGAUUGACAUAAACUGCAAACAAUUAACCGUGGACUUUGUGAAUCAAUCAGUACUGCAGAUUAGUAGUCAGGAUGUGGAAAGUAAACGCAGUGACAAGACUGAUUUUGCAGAACAACUUGGGGUGAUGAACAGACGCUGGCAAGUUCUCCAAGGUCUUAUAACAGAAAAGAUUCAGUUGCUGGAAGGUUUUCUGGAAUCUUGGACAGAAUAUGAAAAUAGUGUUCAAUGCCUGAAAACUUGGUUUGAUGCUCAGGAGAAGAGGCUUAAGGAACAACGGAGAAUUGGAGACCAGGCUUCAGUUCAAAAUGCUUUGAAAGACUGUCAGGAACUUGAAGAGCAAAUAAAAGCAAAGGAAAAAGAAGUUGAAAAAGUAGAACAGAGUGGGCUUUUUCUGAUACAAAAUAAAAAAGAAGAAGUCUGUGCUGUUGUCAUGGAUACCCUGCAAAAAUUAAACCAUUCUUGGGCAAGUUUGGACCACAUGGUUGGCCAACUUAAAAUAUUGUUGCAAUCUGUCCUUGAUCAGUGGAGCAUUUACAAAGCAGCUUAUGAAGAACUGAAUAGCUACCUGAUGGAAGCCAGAUAUUCUCUCUCUCGUUUUCAUCUCCUUACAGGUUCUUUGGAAGCAGUGAAAGUCCAAGUAGACAACUUUCAGAACUUGCAGGAUGAAUUGGAAAAACAAGACCAUCGCUUACAGAAAUUUGGAUCAGUGACAAAUCAGUUAUUGAAAGAGUGUCACCCACCUGUUACAGAAGCACUUAACAAUACUUUAAAAGAAAUGAACCUGAGGUGGAACAAUCUUCUAGAAGAGAUUGCUGAGCAUUUGCACUCCAGUAAGGGGCUACUUCAACUCUGGCAAAAGUACAAAAACUAUUAUACGCAGUGUUCGUCUACUGUUCAACAGUACGAGGAUCGAACAAAUGAACUUUUGAAGGCUGCAUCCAACAAGGAAAUUACUGAUGAUGAAGUGACUGCCUGGAUUCAUGAUUGUAAUGACCUCCUUAAAGGGAUGAAGACUGUGCAAGAUUCUCUGUUUGUUCUGCAUGAACUGGGGGAACAGCUGAAGCAACAGGUGGAUCAUUCUGCUGCUGCAGCCAUCCAGUCUGGUCAGCUGUCUCUAAACCAGAAUAUAUCUUCUUUAGAACAGUCUCUCAGCAGGCAGAAGUCCACAUUGCAGGCUGGAGUUCAAGACUACCAGACAUUUACAAAGAACUUAGGAGGACUAGAGGGCUGGAUAACACAAGCUGGAGAAGUACUUAAAGCACAAGACCCAAGCCAUUCAUCUGACCUAUGCAUAAUCCGUAAUAGGAUGGAAGAACUAAAAUGCCAGAUGUUAAAAUUCAGCAGCAUGGCACCAGACUUGGAUCACCUGAAUGAGCUUGGUUAUAGAUUACCUCUGAAUGAUAAAGAAAUCAAAAGGAUGCAAAAUCUGAAUAGGAACUGGUCUAUGAUUUCUUCACAAACUACAGAAAGAUUCAGUAAGCUACAGUCCUUCAUGCUGCAGCAACAGACCUUCCUAGAGAAAUGUGAGACUUGGAUGGAGUUCUUGGUUCAAACUGAGCAGAAACUGGCUGCAGAGAUUUCAGGAAAUUACCAGCUUCUUUUGGAACAACAAAGGGCCCAUGAGCUAUUCCAAGCAGAGAUGUUUAGUCGCCAACAGAUUUUACAUUCCAUUAUUAUGGAUGGUCAGCAUCUUCUUGAACAAGGGCAAGUGGAUGACAGGGAUGAAUUUAAUCUUAAACUAGCCCUACUCAGUAAUCAGUGGCAGGGGGUGAUUCGCAGAGCGCAACAGAGACGAGGCAUCAUUGACAGUCAAAUUCGCCAGUGGCAACGUUACAGGGAGAUGUCAGAAAAACUGCACAAGUGGCUGGUGGAAGCAUCUUGCCAGACAGCAAGUGGGCUUGGCACUGUUCCUAUCCCACUGCAGCAAGCUAGAGCCCUGCUAGAUGAAAUACAGCUGAAAGAGAAAGUUCUCCUUCGCCAACAAGGAAGCUACAUUUUAACAGUGGAAGGUGGGAAGCAGCUCUUACUCUGUGCUGAUGGUGAGACAGAAGCAGCCCUACAGACAGAACUCUCAGAAAUCCAGGAACGUUGGAAAUUAGCCAGCCUGAGGCUUGAGGAACAGAAGAAGCAACUUAUGUUCUUGCUAAAGGAUUGGGAAAAAUGUGAAAAAGACAUAUCAGAUUCUCUGGAAAAGCUAAAAUCUUUCAAAAGAAAACUAUCUCAACCUUUGCCAGAGCAUCAUGAUGAACUCCAUACAGAACAAAUUCGUUGUAAGGAGCUAGAGAAUGCUGCUGAGGGAUGGACGGACGAUCUUUCCCACUUGAAUUUGUUAAAGGAGACUCUGUCUGCUUACAUCAGUGCAGAUGACAUUUCAGUCCUCAGUGAGCGCAUCGAGCUGCUGCAUAGACAUUGGGAAGAAUUGUGCCAUCAGGUUUCAUUGAGGCGACAGCAGGUGACUGAGAGGCUGAAUGCAUGGGCACUCUUCAGUGAGAAGAAUAAAGAGCUCUGUGAGUGGUUGACGCAAAUGGAGAGUAAAGUUUCACAGAAUGGAGAAAUCCUCAUUGAAGAAAUGAUAGAGAAACUUAAAAAGGAGUAUCAAGAUGAAAUUGCAGUUGCCCAAGAGAAUAAAAUCCAACUCCAACAAAUGGGAGAACGACUUGCUAAAGCAAGUCAUGAAAGCAAAGCUGUUGAGAUUGAGUAUAAACUUGGCAAAGUGAAUGACAGGUGGCAGCAUCUCUUAGAUCUCAUUGCAGCCAGGAUGAAGAAGCUGAAGGAAACACUGGUGGCUGUUCAGCAGUUGGAUAAGAACAUGAGCAUCUUGAGAUCUUGGCUUGCCCACAUUGAGUCAGAGUUGUCCAAACCCAUUGUCUAUGAAACCUGUGACUCCGAGGAGAUUCAAAGGAAACUAAAUGAACAGCAGGAGCUGCAAAGAGACAUAGAAAAGCACAGCACUGGAGUUGCAUCUGUCCUCAACCUUUGUGAAGUCCUUCUCCAUGACUGCGAUGCUUGUGCAACUGAAACAGAAUGUGACUCCAUCCAACAGGCCACACGAAACCUGGACCGAAGAUGGCGGAACAUCUGUGCCAUGUCAAUGGAAAGACGGCUCAAAAUUGAAGAAACAUGGCGACUGUGGCAAAAGUUCUUGGAUGAUUAUUCUCGAUUUGAAGAUUGGCUGAAAAUUUCUGAAAAGACUGCUGCUUUCCCUAGUUCUUCUGGUGUACUAUACACAGUUGCUAAGGAAGAACUAAAGAAAUUUGAGGCUUUUCAGAGACAAGUGCAUGAAAGCCUGACUCAGUUGGAACUGAUUAACAAGCAGUACCGUCGCUUGGCUCGGGAAAACCGCACUGAUUCUGCUUGCAGCCUGAAACAGAUGGUCCAUGAAGGAAAUCAGAGAUGGGACAAUUUGCAAAAACGAGUGACUUCCAUCCUCCGCAGACUUAAACAUUUCAUUGGCCAGCGUGAAGAGUUUGAGACAGCACGUGACAACAUUUUGGUCUGGCUAACAGAGAUGGACCUACAGUUGACCAAUAUUGAACACUUCUCUGAAUGUGAUGUUCAAGCAAAAAUAAAACAACUCAAGGCCUUUCAGCAGGAGAUCUCACUGAACAACAACAAAAUUGAGCAGAUCAUUGCCCAAGGUGAGCAACUGAUAGAAAAAAGUGAACCCCUGGAUGCAGCUGUCAUUGAAGAAGAACUGGACGAGCUCCGACGAUACUGCCAGGAGGUCUUUGGCCGGGUGGAACGGUAUCAUAAAAAAUUAAUCCGUCUCCCUCUCACAGAUGAUGAACAUGACCUCUCUGAUCGUGAAGUGGAUUUGGAUGAAUCAGCAGAUCUUUCAGACACACACUGGCAUGACAAGUCUGCAGACAGUGUUCUUUCCCCUCACCCUUCCUCCAACCUUUCACUGUCCCUUCCCCAGCCACUUCGAAGUGAAAGGUCAGGCCGGGAUACUCCUGCUAGUGUAGAUUCCAUCCCCUUGGAAUGGGAUCAUGACUAUGACUUGAGCCGUGACCUGGAAACAGCAGUGGCAAGAGCAUUGCACUCUGAGGAAGAAGAAGGCCAGGAAGACAAAGAGUUCUAUCUCAGAGGAGCAGCUAGUCUGGCAGGAGAACCAAGUUCCUUGGAAACACACAUCCGUCAGCUUGACAAGGCUUUAGAUACCAGUCGUUUCCAAAUACAGCAAACAGAGAACAUCAUCCGUAGUAAAACACCAACAGGGCCUGAGCUAGAUUCUAGCUACAAGGGAUAUAUGAAGCUUCUAAGCGAGUGUAGUGGGAGUAUAGAUUCUGUAAGGAGGCUUGAGCGCAAACUGAAAGAAGAGGAGGAGAGAUUAUCUGGAUUUCUUAACCUGAACAGUACAGAAACACAAACAGCUGGUGUGAUUGAUCGAUGGGAAUUAAUUCAGGCCCAGGCCUUGAGUAAAGAACUGAGGAUGAAACAAAAUCUUCAACAGUGGCAGCAAUUCAGCUCUGACCUAAACAAUGUAUGGGUUUGGCUGGGUGAGACUGAAGAGGAGUUGGAGCAAUUGCGCUGCCUUGACCUCAGCACAGACAUACAAACCAUUGAACUCCGGAUUAAAAAAUUGAAAGAACUUCAGAAGGCUGUUGAUAACCGCAAAGCCAUCAUUUUGUCAGUCAAUCUAUGCAGCUCAGAAUUUAUGCAGUCUGACAGUGAAGAAAACAAGAAGUUGCAAGAAAGACUCUCUCAGAUGAACAUGCGUUGGGACCAUGUCUGCACUAUGCUCGAAGAAUGGCGUUGUUCACUGCAGAAUGCUCUAAUGCAAUGUCAGGAUUUCCAUGAGAUGAGCCAUGGUUUAUUGCUGUGGCUGGAGAAUAUUGACAGAAGAAAAAAUGAGAUUGUACCUAUCAAUCCAAAUCUGGAUUCUGACACACUGCAAGAUCAUCACAGACUCCUAAUGCAAAUACGACGUGAGCUGCUAGAAUCUCAGCUGAAAGUGGCAUCUCUUCAAGACAUGUCUUGCCAACUCCUAGUCAAUGCUGAAGGCAAGGAUUGUCUAGAAGCCAAAGAAAAGGUCCAUGUUAUUGGAAAUAGGCUCAAAAUCCUUCUCAAAGAGGUCACACAUCACAUUAAAGAGCUAGAGAAAAUUCUAGAUAUUUCUAGCAAUCAGCUGGAUCUCUCCUCGUGGUCAUCAGCUGAUGAACUGGACACUUCAGGAUCUCUCAGUCCAGUAUCUGGAAGGAGUACUCCAAGCAGACAGAGAACGCCACGAGGCAAAUGUAAUGUCUCACAGCCUGGACCCUCUGUCAGCAGUCCACAUAGCAGGCGCACAAGAGGUGGCUCCGAUUCCUCCCAUUCUGAGUGUCAGCUAGUUCGGCGGCGGCAGCAACAGCAAUGUUUCUUCCUCAGGGUCCUCAGAGCUGCUCUCCCACUUCAACUUCUUUUGCUAUUCCUGAUUGGUCUUGCCUGCCUGGUACCGAUGACAGAGGAAGACUAUAGCUGCACCCUCUCAAAUAACUUUGCACGCUCCUUUCAUCCUAUGUUAAGAUAUACCAAUGGCCCACCACCUUUAUGAAGCAGCUGAGGAGAUGACAGGGAUGUAGGGUACAUUUCCUGUGCAGGUACACCCAAUGCAAUAGCUUUCCUGUAACCUCUGUGCCCAAGAGAAGAUGAAUCCUUGGCAUUAUUAAAAACAUACCAGUAUAAACAUGAGUCAUGCAUUAUGUGAGUAACAAAACUCAUAUCUCUGGCACUGAAAUAUUUGAAUAUAUGAAAUAAUUGAUACCAUCUUUAUUUUCCAGCUAAUGUUCUGUGUUUUUCAUCCACUUUUAUAAGUUGGGCUGGUGCCCUGUACUAUGCAUAGCCAAGGACUUCAGUCUAAAGGAAGACCUUUCCUGUGUACUCAUCAAAACAAUCUCUUAGACUUUUCUUAUCUACAACUAUUGGCAUUUUACAGUAUACAGAAAUAUAUGUGUGUAUAUACAUAAACAAACUGUGCUAAAGCAAUUUUAGAUACUAUUGUAACAUAAAAUUUUAAAGAGCUUGUAAGGCGAUGUAUUAUUUUCCCCAUUUUUUGUGGGGUUUUGGGGUGAGGCAUGAUGUUCUAACCUUGGCUUUGAAUGCACAAGCUGUAAAUCUGAAUGGCACUUUUAUAGUUUAAAAAAUAAUAAUGGAUGUAAUAAAUGAAAUCCUUGGAGGCUCUAUGAACAAGCCAUGAAUGUUAAGUAUUAAAAACAUAUUUAUGUAUGUACAGUUU